AUGGCAGGGGCAGUCUCUGCUCUGUUCCUUCUCGACAUCAAAGGCCGCGUCCUCAUUUGGCGCGACUACCGCGGCGAUGUCACCGCAGUCGAAGCCGAACGCUUCUUCACCAAACUCAUUGAAAAAGAGGGGGAUCCGCAGUCUCACGAUCCAGUGGUGUAUGAUAAUGGCGUGACCUACUUAUUUAUACAGCACAGCAAUGUUUUCCUCAUGACGGCUACCAGACAAAACUGCAAUGCUGCUAGCCUUAUUUUCUUCCUACAUCGUAUUGUUGAUGUGUUUAAGCAUUAUUUUGAAGAAUUGGAGGAGGAAUCUCUUAGGGACAACUUUGUUGUUGUGUAUGAACUACUGGAUGAAAUAAUGGACUUUGGCUACCCCCAAUAUACUGAGGCAAAGAUUCUUAGUGAGUUUAUCAAGACGGAUGCUUAUAAAAUGGAAGUUGCACAGAGACCUCCCAUGGCUGUAACAAAUGCUGUAUCCUGGCGCAGUGAAGGGCUAACAUACAAGAAAAAUGAGGUUUUCUUGGAUGUGGUGGAGAGUGUUAAUAUACUUGUCAAUAGCAAUGGGCAAAUAAUUAGGUCUGAUGUAGUUGGGGCAUUGAAGAUGAGAACAUAUCUGAGUGGUAUGCCUGAGUGUAAACUUGGGUUAAAUGAUAGAGUAUUAUUAGAGGCACAAGGUAGAACAACCAAGGGAAAAGCAAUUGACUUGGAGGACAUCAAAUUUCAUCAGUGUGUGCGUUUGGCCCGAUUUGAGAAUGAUAGAACGAUUUCCUUUAUCCCCCCCGAUGGAUCAUUUGAUUUAAUGACAUACAGGCUCAGUACACAGGUAAAGCCUUUAAUUUGGGUGGAAGCACAAGUUGAAAACCAUUCAAAAAGCCGGAUCGAGAUUAUGGUAAAAACUAGGAGUCAAUUUAAGGAACGCAGCACUGCCACAAAUGUGGAGAUUGAGUUUCCUGUCCCUGCUGAUGCAACCAAUCCAAAUGUUCGGACUUCAAUGGGAUCAGCACUAUAUGCACCUGAAAAAGAUGCAUUAAUCUGGAAAAUAAGAUCAUUUCCCGGAGGCAAGGAGUACAUGUUAAGGGCAGAGUUUCGUCUUCCCAGUAUAGUAGAUGAGGAAGCAACUCCUGAGAGAAAAGCUCCUAUACGCGUAAAAUUUGAGAUACCAUAUUUUACUGUGUCUGGGAUUCAGGUAAGAUAUUUGAAGAUUAUUGAGAAAAGUGGGUAUCAGGCUCUUCCAUGGGUUAGAUACAUAACAAUGGCUGGAGAGUAUGAACUGAGGCUCAUUUGA